AUGUCGACACACACCAUCACCGCGCUGAAGCGAUGGUCAUGUCAGGACAAGAACUUGCCGGCAGUCCACCAGAUCAAAGCCAUCCACGUCUACGAUUUCGACAACACCUUAUUCUCCUCUCCCCUCCCCAACAAGCAGCUCUGGAACACCGGCACAUGUGGACAGCUCCAAGCGCAAGAGUUCCUGCACAAUGGCGGCUGGUGGCAUAACCCGAACAUACUGGCAGCGACAGGCCAAGGACUCGAGAUUGAAGAGAAGCGAGCAUGGGAAGGCUGCUGGAACGAGAAGAUUGCAGAGCUGGUACAACUGAGCAUGAGCGAGGAGCACGCCUUGACGGUGCUGCUGACGGGCAGGAAAGAGGAUGGCUUCAGUGAGUUGAUCGGCCGGAUGAUAGCAUCAAAGGGUCUGGAGUUCGACAUGGUUUGCCUCAAGCCGAGUGUCAGUCCCAGUGGUGAGGUCUUUGGCAGCACGAUGCUGUUCAAGCAGGCACUACUCCGCGACAUUGCCUUCACCUACCACAGCGCCGACGAACUUCGCAUCUACGAGGACCGAGUCAAGCACGUCAAGGGCUUCCGCGACUUCUUCUUUGACCUCAACAAAGCAUUGAUGGAUAAUGGAGGUCCUCGACAGCCCUUUGUUGCUGAAGUCAUCCAGGUUAGCGAGCAAGAGACGAACAUGGACCCAGUUACGGAAGUUGCGGAGGUGCAAAAGAUGAUCAAUGGCAGCAACCAGGCUAUUCGUGAUGGCAAAGCUCCGCCCGGCACUCGACCAUACAGGAUCAAGCGUUCCGUCUUCUACACAGGAUACCUCAUCGGACAAGACGACAUCGAGAAGCUGCGAAGCUUGGUCAAGCUGCCAGCCAAUUGCCCGGAGCACGAAGUACGCCAUCUCGCCAACAACAUCCUCAUCACACCACGCCCUGCACCACGAACAAUACUCGACAAAGUUGGUGGCAUUGGAGCGAAGAUGACAUGGAAAGUGGAUGGCAUCGCUGUCAACGAGAACAGAGUUUGGGCAGCUCGUGUCGCGCCUACAAUACCAGGUGCCAAAUACUACACCGAGAACCCGACACCCUGCGUCGUGCUGGCAACCAGAAGACAAGCAAAGCCAAUCGAGGCGAGUUACAUCCGAAACUGGCAGGCCGUGCCUCAAAAUCAACAGUAUGAGUUCGAGACGACCGUGGGCGAGAAAGUGUUGCUUCGCAUCGAAGAAGAGUACCCCAACGAAGACGACUACGAGGCAUCCUUUCCGAACGCUAAGAACGCUCGCAAGCAUCCCCGAGAAGAAGACUUUCCACCUUUAGGCUCAGCACCACGCUCGAAUGGCAGGCCGCCACCACGAACUCAGCAGCGAGGCGAUCAGCAACGAAACGAUGGCAGCUUUACCUGGAAGAGCAGACAGAAUGACGGCAACAAUCACAACCCCCCGAACCGCGGCGGACGAGGAGGUGGCCACCAACGCGGCAGAGGCGACGGCUUUAGGGGUGGCCGUGGUCGUGGUGAUCGUGGUGGCGGAGGGCGAGGACGAGGCCGUGGAGGGUAUAAGAGCCUGGACGACAAUGUCGGAUCGGGAUACGGAAGUGGUGGGAUGCAAUACUAG